AACUUCAUACAAGAGGCUGACCUGUCAAAAUUUUGCAGGAAGGCACAUGCAACGCUGUUUACAAAUUGUUACAAAACGACAACUCUCGGUUUGUCGGCCCCCAGUGUAGUUUCCUCGUGACCGUGCGGUUCGUGAAGUGCUGCGUAUGAUGUGCUCGUGGGGCGCGACGCCACCGUUUCGCGUGUGCUCCUGAAAGCUCGUGUGACAAGUGCGAAUUUGCGUAACGCUAUGGGUGCUAAGGCGAGUACGGCGAAUGGGGGGCAGAGUCCGCGCACCAGGACAUUCUCGACGAGCUCGAGCUCGGACGUGGUGUCGGGCGGGGCGGGGUUCAGCCUGCUGCGGGCCAUCCCGGGCAUCCAGGUGUCGAGCGACCGCCAGCGCGCGCGGAGUUUGUCCUCGGUGCCGGACCUGCACUCGUCACACGAGGCCAUCGCCAUUCCCCCCAACUCACAAAGCUACGAGGCGUCGGCGGCCGCGAGCCCCGACACCGACUCCAGCUCCAACGAGGAACCUGUCCCCAUGCCGGGCACGUCGCUCGCCCUCGGCCGGGUCUACGCGGCGCACUCCUUGCCCUCACAUAUCUGGUCUAUAAACGGUAUAAAAUGUCCGGUGUGCAGCAAGUUCGUGUUGCCAGACGACAUCGAGUGCCACCUGGUCAUGUGCCUGACCAGGCCACGACUAUCAUACAAUGAGGACGUGCUAUCAGACUCGAAGGGGGAGUGCGUGAUCUGCCUGGAGGAGCUCAGCGCCGGCGACACCAUCGCGCGCCUGCCCUGCCUUUGCAUCUACCACAAGGGAUGUAUAGACCAAUGGUUCGAGGUGAACAGAUCGUGCCCCGAGCACCCCGGCGACUAGGCGGCGGUGCGCGGGCGCAGUGCCAUGUGCUCUAGUGAUAAACAGACUGCGGCUCCGGCCUUGUACAUAUAUUAUAGUGAGACCUACCUACCAUAAAUAAAACAAAGACAAUCAUACAUUAUGGGAAAUUCUCGGUGGAGUAUUAAUUAAUAUAAUAUAAUAUUAAUUGUAAAUUUUACAUCGUUAUUCUUUAGUUGAGUCGGUUCGAUAUAGUUUGUUUUUUUUAUUUGAUAUGUAUAAUGCUAUGUAUAUGGUAUCCUGUAACGCGGUAACCGCAGUGACGCGGUCUGCAAUCCAACUGCGGCUUAGCGUAAGUUUGAUUAUAAGGUUGCGGACUGGGUGAUGGCGGGCAGUUGGGCGGUGGCGGGAGCGUCUAUGUAGCUCUCGUCACAUUACCAGCGUGACGGGGCAAGCGCGGUAAGCGCCCGCCGCGUGACGACUAUCGUAUAUUACACACUUGUAGCUCCGUGCUGGCGUCGCGCUAGCGCCCCGUCACGCCAGCAAUGUGACGAAAGCGCUUCAUAGACUCUACCCUUUUCCGCUGUCCACUGACAUCCAGUUCACGUCCUUAAGACACUAUUAAGCCCGACCAGAAAUAUAAAUACUAGUCGUCAACUCUGGCGGACUACAUUUUAAUUUAAUGUGACAGCUGUAAAAGCAGUAGUGCUGUCUUUCACUUACGCUUAGUGCAGGAAAGAGGCAACUGUGAAAUGAAACUUGAAUUCAGUUCGUCAGAGUCGAGGCUCGAUUGAAAACUACAGUUAAAAUUUACUAAAUAUUCGUGCACCUCGUUAUAAAUAAUCAAUUUAUGUUUAUGUACAGGCUGUGUAUUUAGUAGUCGCUCUGACUUGUAUGUAUACGUAUUAGAAUUUAAAAAAGAUAAACGGCAUAACAGGUAGCCUAGCCUGUUCGUCAAAUGAUUUUAUGAGUUGUCACGCGAAGAUUUUAAACGGUUUUUAAAACCCCUUGUAUAUUUUACGUAAUAUUUUUAUCGGCAUAAAAUGUAGUGUUCGCGGUAUGAUUUCAAUGUAAAAAGAAUCGCGAGUGCACUUGCGAAUCAUGAGAAAAUCUAAUAAUGCUCAUAUUUAUUUGCGUUUUAUUGUGUUUUCUUUAUUGAAGCUAUUUGUCUUGAAGUCUGUGCUUAGUAAUGAGUAAUAUGGACAUUUAUUUUAACGGUAAGCCCUUGUUAAAGUAACGAUAAUGUUUACGUGAAUGUCGCUCUAUCGUAUAAUAAAUGGUCGAUUCCACAGAUAGAUUGGUCAAUCUGUAUUUAUUGACAGUCUGAGGUGUAGUGGCAUUUAUCGUGUACCGUUUAUCUUAAAUAAUAUGACAAGCUGUGUCUAGUGAUAAGUUAUUGUCUAUGAUUCGUCCAACACGCGUCUUGUCGAUGGUAUAUCUUUGGAAUUUUUUAGAGGUUUCGCCAAUCGUGGGCUGUUUCCGCGCACGUAACGGAGGUAUAUAUAGGCUUGUUUUGUCGCGCGCGGGACGACAAAAGCAUGGCAUAUUGUUAACUCUUGUGCCAUGGAACAAACGGUUAUACAGCGAUGAUUUUAUAUAUUUUUAAAGAGACCUAAGUAAGCAGUUGGAUUGUAACCGGCAAGGGAGUACAGGCUAGGGUUCCGUUGUGCAACCACUGUGAUGAAUCGCGGUUUACAUAUCUGUUCCGUAAGCUUAUAUUAUGAUUUGAUCUUUUUCAUCUUGAUAAUAAAGUUGAUUUGUUUCUAAAUUUU